UCCCAAAGGAUUCUUAUCUCGUCAUUGUUGAUAGGAGACAGUUGCACAAAUAGAGACCAGGUCCAUUAACACACGUUAUCAACUCGAGGAUUCCCAUUUCAAUUCCCAAGAAGGCUCAAAAUGAGGCGUUUCUUCUUGGUGUGGGUGGCUUUCGCUCUCGCCAUUGAGGCGACACGUGCUCAAGAGGUUCAGGACUUUGGUGCCAAAGAAGCAGACGACAAGGAUGACUACUACUACUCGUAUUACGACAUUAUCAGUGAUGAACGAGACAAGGACAGCUCAAAUGAUGUGGCCACUUACGACGAAGAUCAGGGCGAUUGGGGCGAUGUCCUGGAUGAGAACAACUUUUCCAACCAAGGAGAAGGUCUCGAUUAUUUGAUGGAAUACGGGCAGAAUCCAGACCAAUACAAGAAGACCACGGAGUUCUGCCCUUGGCCCCCUUGCUACAACAUUGGUGAGAGCAAGAGCUUCGAUGAGAUCUUGGACAUCAAAAUCGAGACCACGCCCGAGCCCGAGCCAGAGCUCUACCAAUACCCGGAGCAAGCCAUCCUUGAGGAGGUGGCCAUUGUCGCCGAUGGCGAAGAGGUCGUGGAAGAAAUUAUUCUGACUGAAGUGGAAGACGACGUCGAGGCCAUUGACUACGAUUAUGAGGCUGGGGCUAAAGAGCUGGAGCCAGAUUGCCAAAAUACGGAGACAGUCAUCAUCUACAGGAGUGAGGCGCCCAAUGGUGUCAUCAUCGCCAGCGUAGUCUUCUUCGUCAUCAUCGUGGGCGUGUUGUUCUACAUGCCCAGGUUCAUCAAAAUGCGUCAAUCUGCGACCGUGAGCGCCCGAGCUCACGACUCUGCGGGUUUAAUCGAAGUGCCGCAAUUUGACCCGGGCCAUGACGGGUAUGACUCGGAUAUCGAAAGCCAGGCCCAAUAUGUAGCCAAUAUCCGGGAUCAACCCAUGCCUUCCCACUUUCAGGGACACUCUGCUAAGCCCUAAUGUUGGUCCCCUGAAAUAUACUAAGCAUAAAAGCCA